UUCUAGGCGGUGUUGGUUAAAUAUUUCAUUUCAAUGACACGUAGGCUAUGAGCUUAUGUGCGAGCCAUAGGCCUAAUUUUAAGCGUUCCACGAGCUUGUCGAGCCGUCCUACUUCGGAGCUGCAUGCUUUAUACAUAUCUGGGGGCUAUCACCUGUAUCUAAGCGGAAUCGUGGGACCCGAAAGUUAGCCUCCUCACCAGUACAACUCUCGAGAUUAUGGCAGACUUGAAUAAGCAUGACAUGGGUUCUAGCCAGGAACAAGAUGGCAGUGGACGAAACCGUAAGUGCGGUAUGGACAUGAGCUACGUCAGGUCAAUUAACGGCGCUCUUAAAGGCAACCAAAUUGGUUGGACAUUUGUGGCGUUCAUUUUAAGCUGCGUAUGUGGGCCAUCUAUUCUGUGUAUUUUGUUUGACAUUAUCUUGGCAAUCAGCCUUAUUUUGACUGUCACGAUCUUCGUAGUCUUUGCCUUUACUCUUGAGAAGAAGAUCUCACGGAUCAACUUCUAUUUAACUGAUUUCCUCAACAGCAUUAUUUCGGUAGUUGUUUACUUCGUGUUUUCCUUGCUCAUGAUCAUCCUGUCAGGGACAGCGCCAGUUAUGAUUGCCGCUGGAGUGUUUGGCUUCCUCGCGGUGGCUGGUUAUUUUGGGAAUAUCUGGUACAGUUUCAAGCGGUGGCGCUCAUCCAGGUCGAGGACUUCUGGCAACCACCAACCGUACGAUCCGAACAUGUAGACGGCCGACCUUGAACUCUUCCUCGGUCAUGCAGGAGCGAGAUAGCGGCAUCCUGCCACUGAUGCCGUCUCAGCAUUAAAGACAUUACCUAGACGUCUUGUAUAAAGAGAGACAAAAAUGGUCAACUCAGAUAUAUAGAUCUCAAAGUAUAGUUUGUUGCGUGUUUAUGGUUUCUACAUUGUCUCGUAGAGAGACCAAAUCUGGUCAACUCAGAUAUACAAAUGUACAAAAUUUGAUGUAGAUACAAGGGCGUCAAUCCUAUUUGAAAAGUAGGGGGACAUAGCCCUGAUCAGAACAAAUGUGAGCGCAAAGCGCCAAGCCCUCCUGAGAUGAGCGGCGUGGGGUCCAGGGCCCGCGUGCUCAAGGGCCCCGGAAAAUUAGUAUAGAUAGACAGUAUAAAUACAGUAUAGAUUCUCUGUGGUGUGGUCUGAGACAAUUUCUGGCUUCUGUAGCCAGUUUUUAACAAAUGCUUUUACAAAGUAUACAUUUUUCAUUUAGGUUUUGGAAACACGUGUGUGUGUGGGGGGGGGUGACGUGGAAGCAAUUGAUAUAGUACCCGCCCACUUGGAAAAGUGAGGGUAGGAGUGAACAUGUCCCCCGUCCCUCACCGAUUGACGCCCAUGUAGUUAGCUGCGUGUUUAUGCUGUCUAUGUAAUGCAUGUACUGUACAUAUAUGCAGUGUAAUACGUGAACUUUAAUUAAUUCCAAAAAGUGGCGAAAACUUGGCUUGGACACAUGGAGAUAAACACGUAAAAUUAGCGUCUGCUAUUUCUUUUCCAUGAGUAUUUUUCAGUUACUGAAUCAGUUAAGGACGGCUCGUACUUCCUGCGAAAGCGAGAACACGAACGCAAAGGGAAAUGUCUAAUUAAAUCUUCCACUCAGCGAAAUUUCGCUGCAAAUUUUUCGAGACGUAUAACUUCGUUUCCCUUUCGCAUUUGCAGUGCAGAAAUGAACUGGAUGUGAGACAUCAUUCUUAAAAUUGUGUAGACCCUAACUGUGCGAUCUGAAGUGGAAAUGGAUAGUUGUGUGCCUUGAGACCAAAAACACUGUCUUAGAAUUUGGUUUGGAAAAAUCACCAUUUUUGUAUGAAUUAUAUUUUACAAGCAUUUGUUUUUAGCUAUAGUUUCGCUAUUCCAACCUUAGCUCCAAUGCGUCUCCGUUGUUAUCAGGUGGCUCGACAAUGAUUCUAAAUAAUUCUAUCAAUGUGUGACGAUUCGAUGAUUAAUUUUGUUGCCGAAAAAGAUUGCCAAGUAGGAUAAUGUGUUUGAAACUGACUGAAAAAUAAAUUCAAGACGCAAUCAGAGGGGGAGGCGGGGGCAAUACCCCCGAGAGGAGCAAUGUUUUGGGCUUGAAAAAUAAUGAAAGGUGACUUUUCUGGUCUGUUUCAUCCCCCUUCCAUAAAAGGCGUGUAAAAGCUCCAAUAUAAAGGCCGAUCUCUCAGAAAGGUCAUAUAAGAUCCUGUGAAUAAAUCCAAGUUCACCCCGAGAAUUUGGCUCUGGAUUAAAACGCACAGAGCUUCCACAUCUAUCGCACGGGCGCAAUCUGCACGUUGUUUUGCGCACACGUCGAUGAUUUCAGCGCCGAAUUUGCUGGAAUGUCGCAUUCCAGCACCUUCGGCCUGAAUGCAUGCAUGAAUACUGCAAGAUUGGAAUUCGAUCUUUCAAAAGAUGGUUCAAACUAAUAAAUACAGUCGUCAGUGCAGAAGAAAAGAAUAGCU